AGGAGGACGUGGAGGAUGCUUCUAAUCUUCCAAAGUAGAGCAAAAUGGAAAGAAAACAUCAAGUUGGCAGAAAGAAUAGCAGCUGGAAUUGUCUUCUUCUGCUCCUAAUCCUACUUAUCUUUACUGUGGUGUGCAUUAACCUAGUGCUCUAUGUGUACCUAGAACAUGUCUAUGUGUCUACUGGAUUCGGUCAUGGGGAUCCCAAUGCCUGUCCCCAAGGCUACUUCAAGAUUGGAGCAAUGAGGAACUGCUCUGCCUGGUUGACCUGCGGGGCCCUUGGGAAGGAGGUCCGCAAGUUAAAACUUGUGGGAGAAGGAGCAGUGAAAAAGGUAUACCUGUCGGAGUGGAAAGAGAUGAAAGUCGCUCUGUCUCAGCUGACAGUUCUAUCUCUGCAAGCUGACUUUCUUCAUGGUUUACGGAUGCUACAGUCACUACAGAGCAGGCAUGUAGUUACACUUGUGGGAUACUGUGAGGAUAAUUACAGUAUAUUAACAGAUUAUCAUCCAUUGGGCUCCCUGAAAAAUUUGGAUGCUACCUUUAACCUCCCCAAGUACCAGCACUUAAAUAACUGGCAAAAUCGGCUUGAACUUGCCAUAGACUAUGUGAGUGUAAUCAGUUACCUUCACAGCAGCCCUCUUGGGGUACUGGUCAUGUGCGACUCCAAUGACUUGGAAAAGGUUCUCUCUCAGUACCUUCUAACAAGUGACUUUCACCUAGUGGCAAAUGAUUUGGAUGCCUUACCUUUGGUGGAUAGGGAGAAAGGAAUUUUGGUCAAGUGUGGCCAAAGAGAAAUUAUUGGGGAUUUUGUAGCUCCUGAACAGCUGUGGCCUCAUGGGCCAGAUGUUGAGUACAGCGAUGACUUAAUGCCACCGUAUGAUGAGAAGACUGACAUAUGGAAGAUCCCAGCAGUGACGGAUUAUCUCUUGGGUCACGUAGAUGGAAGUGACAUUGUUCGGUUCCACUUGUUUGACAUUCACACAGAAUGUAAAAAGGAAAACCCAGCUAUGAGACCUUCUGCUCAGACCAUACUGGACUCCUAUCGGAGAGUCCUGGCUUUGCUUCUGAAGGAGUUGUCGAAUUCAAAAGAAAUGUUGUAAAAACAAAUUGACUUUACUGUUACACUGGACCUGUUAAGUGUUUUAUUCUACACAUGUCAUAAUGCCUUCUUCCUCAUCUCAGUCAGUCUUUGUUUUAGG